CAUCGCAGCGCCCUCACAGCCCACCAUGGCAGCGCUGGGCUGCGCCGUGCUGGGCGCCCUGCUGGCUCUGGCAGCCCCGCAGCUGACGCCGAUCCACCGCGCCGGUUACUGCGCCUUCUACGGCAGCUGCGGCCGCAACCCGGAGCUGAACGCCUCGCUGGUGAGCACGGACGUGCCCUGCCUGUCCAACAGCCCCGCGCGCACCGCCUCUGCCGCCGUGCUGCCGCUGCUGCGCUCCGUGUGCCCGGAGCUGGUGCGGGACGACAACGCCAGCGCCACGCUGCUCUGCUGCUCGUCGGCCCAGCUGCUGGCCCUGCAGCUCUCGGUCGCCCUGUCGGGCGCCGUGCUGUCGCGCUGCCCGUCGUGCGCCCGCAACUUCGCCAACCUGCACUGCAACAACAUCUGCAGCCCGGAUCAGAGCCUCUUCAUCAACGUCACCCGCGUCGUCAACGCCACGGCGGCGCCGGAGCAGCAGGCGGUGGUGGAGUACGAGAGCUUCUACCGGCAGAGCUACGCCGAGGCCGCCUUCGAGUCGUGCAUCGGCGUGCGGCUGCCGGCCACGGGCGGCUACGCGCUGGACACCAUGUGCGGCAUCUACGGCGCCCGGCUGUGCACGGCGCAGCGCUGGCUCGACUUCCAGGGCGACACCAGCAACGGCCUGGCGCCGCUGCGGAUCCGCUUCCGGCUGCUGCCCGACGGCGUCGAGCCCGGCGCCGGCAUCGAGCCGCUGAGCGGCAGCCCGUGGCCGUGCGACGGCUCUCCGGACGCCGAGCAGCAGCCGUGCAGCUGCCAGGACUGCGCCGCGUCCUGCUCGCCCAUCGCCGCCCCCCCGGACCCGGCGCCGCCGUUCAUGCUGGGCUCGGCCGACGGCGCCCUGGUUCUGUGCGCGCUGCUCUUCGCCUUCUUCGCCCUCGUCUUCCUCACGGCCAUCGCCUGCGGCGGCGGCGGCGGCACGGUGCGCAUCACGGCGGCCGAGCCCGGCUGCGCCGCCCGCGUCUCGUCCAGCAGCCGGCGCGCCGCCGCCCGGCUCUUCGCGCGCUGGGGCACGGCGGUGGCCUCGCGGCCCGUCCCGGUGCUGGCGGCGGCCGCGGUGCUGACGGCGGGGCUGACGGCGGGGCUGAUCCGGCUGCGGCUCACCACCGACCCGGUGGAGCUCUGGUCGGCGCCCGACAGCCAGGCCCGCGCCGAGAAGGAGUUCUUCGACCGGCACUUCGGGCCGUUCAUGCGCACGUGCCAGAUGAUCGUCACGGCCCGGCAGCCCGGCCCCGCCGUCCCGUACGAGUCGGUGGUGCUGGGCGCCAAGAACUUCAGCUCGGUGCUGAACGCCGAGGUGCUGCAGGCGCUGCUGGAGCUGCAGGAGGAGCUGGCGGAGGCCGGCGCCUGGGUGGAGGAGGAGGGCCGCGAGGUGACGCUCAAGGACGUUUGCUACGCGCCGCUCAACCCCGCCAACGCCUCCAGCGCCGACUGCUGCGUCAACAGCGUCACCCAGUACUUCCAGAACAACCGCACCCGGCUGCGCAUGCGCGCCCCGCAGAGCGCCGACGGCGUGAGCGGCACCGCCGACUGGAGGGAUCACGUGAUGUACUGCGUCAACUCCCCUCUCUCCUUCAUGGACAUCACGGCGCUGGAGAUGAGCUGCAUGGCCGCUUAUGGGGCGCCCGUCUUCCCCUACAUCGCCCUCGGGGGUUACCCAGGCUCUGAGUACACGGAGGCGGCGGCGCUGGUCCUCACCUACUCGCUCAACAACUUCCCUGCCGGCGACGCGCGGCGCCGCUGGGUGCUGAGCUGGGAGCGGCGCUUCCUGCAGGCGGCGCGCGACUUCCAGAGCCGCCACCGCCACAACCUGAGCGUCUCCUUCAUGGCGGAGCGCUCCCUGGAGGACGAGCUGAGCCGCACCACGGCGCAGGACCUGCCUGUGUUCGCCGUCAGCUACCUGCUGGUCUUCCUCUACGUGGCGCUGGCGCUCGGCGAGUACACGGCAUGGCGGCGUGUG